AUGAGCUCAGACGACAGGCACAGGGUCUCAUCCAAGAGGACCUCCACAGACAUGGAUGCCUCGCCUAACGAUGUGGUUCCUGCGAAAAGGAUGAUGCUUGAAAAGGCGUCUGCAGCUACCGCCGCGUCGGAUAUUAGUCUCUCAGAAUCUUCAUCGUCGCCGGUUACCCCAGUUUCUGAGUCCCAGGCGACUUCUUCAUCGCAGACUUCACCUUCGGAUCAUGGAAGUGCCUCCGACAGACACGAUACCAAUGACAUCAUGGCGGCCAGCGGCAACUAUGUCCGUAUUCCGGACUGUUUCUCGUCCAUCAUGUCCAUUGAGCCGGCCAUGAAUCCCAACUGGCUCAAGCUCAAGGAGGAGGCCAACGCAUGGCUCAAAGAAAUCUACCACCUCAGCGAUGCUCAAGCUAAGAAGCACUCAAAGGCUAACUUUGCCUUCAUGAACGCAAUGUGGAUUCCUCUCGCUGAUGAGGAGGCGUUCCGGGUGAUGCUCGACUGGAACAACUGGGUGUUUGCUUUUGAUGACCAGUUUGAUGAAGGUCACUUGAAGGACGACCCUGUCAAGGCAGAAGAGGAGCUUGACGCUCAUUAUGCCAUCUUGGAGAACAAGAACCCUCCUGUUCAACGUGGCGAAAACCCUAUCAGAUAUGUGUUCCAAACGACUUGGGAUCGCUUCAAGAAGCGUGCUUCACCAGAACUUCAAGAGCGUUACAAAGCAUCUAUGAAGGGCUAUUUCGAAGGCUUAAUCGGCCAAGUCAAGGUCCAGGAGUCACAAAAGGCUCUGAAGCUCACAGUUGACGAGUACAUGGACUUCAGGAGGGCAACGAUUGCCUGCGAGCCAUGCUACGCGUUAGUUGAAUACGCACAUGGAAUCAACAUUUCCCAAAAGCAGAUUGACCAUGAGUCGAUUCAAGUCUGCAUGCGCACCGCCUCUGACCUCGUUAUUCUCGUCAACGACAUCCUGUCAUACCGCAAAGACUUGGAACAAGGAGUUGACCACAACCUCAUCUCGCUUCUCAAGGCGCAGGGCCACUCAACACAGGCCGCCGUGGACAAGAUUAGCGACAUGAUUGACGAGUGCUACAAGGCGUGGUACGGCGCUCUCGUCAGAAUGCCCGUUUGGGGAGAGAAGAUCGACAAGGAGGUCCUGAAGUACCUCGACGGCUGCCGCAACAUUGCACUUGGCAACCUGCACUGGAGUUACGAGAGUGGCCGCUACUUGGGAGCCGAGGGAGCCCAGGUCAAGGAAACUCGCAUCAUGCACCUUCCUUCCGUCUAA